GCGAGACGCAUGCCGACUUUCCACUGGCUCCAUGAGUGUUAUAAGCUCAUAGACAGGCGGUUAAGAAAAAGUCUGAAGCAUCUGUAUUUAGUCCACCCCACGUUUUGGCUCAAGUCUUUUGUGAUACUCACCAAGCCUUUCGUCAGUUCCAAAUUCUUCCGCAAGUUAAGCUACGUGCGCAGCUUAGACGAGUUGUCGCGUUGCGUCCCCGUCGCGCCACACGCUAUCCCCGACCUCGUACGGCAGUACGACGCGGCGCGGUAGACCUCGUACGAGGUUGAUUCCACCCCGUACGCCCACUGAUGGAAUUGGGCUCCUGUGUAACAUAAGUUCGGCCAUACGAGGUUAUUUCCACCCCACACAUCCACUGGGACCCCUGUGACUAUCAUAAAGGCUGUCACGCAGACACGAGCCUGUUCAGCCAUCGUCUCGCGCAUACGAGGCUGUUCCCACCCCCUACUUCAGUGAUAAAGUGUAGAAUGUACGGUAUUAUGUAUGUACGUACGAACUUUUGAGGUGGAUGGAAAGGUACUAUAAACUUUCGUAGUAUACCCUGUAUUAUGAAGGGACAGUGUUUUAAAUGCUGAUUAUUUUGAGCAACAGUUUUUUUAAACUGCCCUGCAUUUAGAAGAAGCAGUUUCCACUUUAUAAUGCCAAUUCGAAACUACGGAAAUAGUGAAAUAAUUAUCUGUGUUUUGAAGCAUCCUGUAUUCUGAAGAAAUAUGGAAGGACAAUGGUUUAUAAAUAAACGGUAUUAGUUUAGUAUUUUUUGUGUAUUUAAAAAAAGUAUAAGCACAAGUGAAAACAGGCUAUAUUUUUAGGACAGCAAGGCUUAUUUUGGCGUAAGUGUUCACGCUCUGAGUAGAGGUUAACACUAAAUGGAUAGAUAUGGCAAUUUCAUUUAAUUUUAUGGCCACACUUGCCACUUAACACGUUAACUGUCGCCUUAAGGCAUAUAUGGGGUUGUCACAUAGAAAUGUACCCACGAAUUUUCAUAUAUAUCUCGAAUAUAGUGCUAUAUUGUGUUGUGUUCAAUGAAAAAGCGAAAAUUCACACGAUUAAUUAUAUCGGUCUAGUUCGUUGGUUAAAAAAUUUAAAUAUAUUUAAACCUAAAGUACAAUAAAAAUACAUAAAUAGUUAAAAGUUAUUUUAAAUAUUUACACUUUAAUAAAAAUAUUCAUUUCACGUCCUCUCUUUUUUCCAAAUAGUAUUUUCUAUAAAUUAAAAUUAAGGUCAUAAUCUUCAAUUGGUUUUCGACCUUAUGCCAUGACAUUAAAGUUCAAUAUGUCGCGAAGCCUUUAAGUAUUUUUUCGUAUUAACCUGUGAUAUAUCGCCAGAGCAAUAAAAUUCCACUAUUUUGUAAUUUUAUAUCGCACAGUUCUUACAAAAAUAAAUUUAAAUAGAUACGUUUAGUUUUUAUAUCUGGUAACACCGUAGUAAUGUUGCACACUGUAAAAAUGUAAAAAAUUAACAAUAUACAGUAGAAUUGUAGCCAUGUGUGCGUAAUUAUAGUAAAAUAAUAUAUUUUAGCAUCAGUGAUACACAUCUGCGAAUAUAUUUCACUUAGUUGUAUUGUUGUAUUUUUUUAACCACAACGGGACUUGU